GGGCUGAGCGGGCGCACGCGCGGGAGUGGGACUCGGCGGCAUGGCGGGCUCCGGAGCCGGUGUGCGUUGCUCCCUGCUGCGGCUGCAGGAGACCUUGUCCGCCGCGGACCGCUGCGGUGCUGCCCUGGCCGGUCAUCAGCUGAUCCGCGGCCUGGGGCAGGAAUGCGUCCUGAGCAGCAGCCCCGCGGUUCUGGCAUUACAGACAUCUUUAGUUUUUUCCAGAGAUUUCGGUUUGCUUGUAUUUGUCCGGAAGUCACUCAACAGUAUUGAAUUUCGUGAAUGUAGAGAAGAAAUCCUAAAGUUUUUAUGUAUUUUCUUAGAAAAAAUGGGCCAGAAGAUCGCACCUUACUGUGUUGAAAUUAAGAAUACUUGUACCAGUGUUUAUACAAAAGAUAGAGCUGCUAAAUGUAAAAUUCCAGCCCUGGACCUUCUUAUUAAGUUACUUCAGACUUUUAGAAGUUCUAGACUCAUGGAUGAAUUUAAAAUUGGAGAAUUAUUUAGUAAAUUCUAUGGAGAACUUGCAUUGAAAAAAAAAAUACCAGAUACAGUUUUAGAAAAAGUAUAUGAACUCCUAGGAUUAUUGGGUGAAGUUCAUCCUAGUGAGAUGAUAAAUAAUGCAGAAAACCUGUUCCGCGCUUUUCUGGGUGAACUUAAGACCCAGAUGACAUCAGCAGUAAGAGAGCCCAAACUACCUGUUCUGGCAGGAUGUCUGAAGGGAUUGUCCUCACUUCUGUGCAACUUCACUAAGUCCAUGGAAGAAGAUCCCCAGACAUCAAGGGAGAUUUUUAAUUUUGUACUAAAGGCAAUUCGUCCUCAGAUUGAUCUGAAGAGAUAUGCUGUGCCCUCAGCUGGCUUGCGCCUAUUUGCCCUGCAUGCAUCUCAGUUUAGCACCUGCCUUCUGGACAACUACGUGUCUCUAUUUGAAGUCUUGUUAAAGUGGUGUGCCCACACAAAUGUAGAGUUGAAAAAAGCUGCACUUUCUGCCCUGGAAUCCUUUCUGAAACAGGUUUCUAAUAUGGUGGCGAAAAAUGCAGAAAUGCAUAAAAGUAAACUGCAGUACUUUAUGGAGCAGUUUUAUGGAAUCAUCAGAAAUGUGGAUUCGAACAACAAGGAGUUAUCUAUUGCUAUCCGUGGAUAUGGACUUUUUGCAGGACCCUGCAAAGUUAUAAACGCAAAAGAUGUUGACUUCAUGUAUGUUGAGCUCAUUCAGCGUUGCAAGCAGAUGUUCCUCACCCAGACAGACACUGGUGAUGACCGUGUUUAUCAGAUGCCGAGCUUCCUCCAGUCUGUUGCUAGUGUCUUGCUGUACCUUGACACAGUUCCUGAGGUGUAUACUCCAGUUCUGGAGCACCUCGUGGUGAUGCAGAUAGACAGUUUCCCACAGUACAGUCCAAAAAUGCAGUUGGUGUGUUGCAGAGCCAUAGUGAAGGUGUUCCUAGCUUUGGCAGCAAAAGGGCCAGUUCUCAGGAAUUGCAUUAGUACUGUGGUGCAUCAGGGUUUAAUCAGAAUAUGUUCUAAACCAGUGGUCCUUCCAAAGGGCCCCGAGUCUGAAUCUGAAGACUACCGUGCUUCAGGGGAAGUCAGAACUGGCAAAUGGAAGGUGCCCACAUACAAAGACUACGUGGAUCUCUUCAGACAUCUCCUGACCUCUGACCAGAUGAUGGAUUCUAUUUUAGCAGAUGAAGCAUUUUUCUCUGUGAAUUCCUCCAGUGAAAGUCUGAAUCAUUUACUUUAUGAUGAAUUUGUAAAAUCCGUUUUGAAGAUUGUUGAGAAAUUGGAUCUUACACUACAAACACAGACUGUUGGGGAACAAGAGAACGGAGAUGAGGCUCCUGGUGUUUGGAUGAUCCCGACGUCAGAUCCAGCGGCUAACUUGCAUCCGGCUAAACCUAAAGAUUUUUCGGCUUUCAUUAACCUGGUGGAAUUUUGCAGAGAGAUUCUCCCUGAGAAACAAGCAGAAUUUUUUGAACCAUGGGUGUACUCAUUUUCAUAUGAAUUAAUUUUACAGUCUACAAGGUUGCCCCUCAUCAGUGGUUUCUACAAAUUGCUUUCUAUUACAGUAAGAAAUGCCAAGAAAAUAAAAUAUUUCGAGGGAGUUAGUCCAAAGAGUCUGAAACACUCUCCUGAAGACCCAGAAAAGCAUUCUUGCUUUGCUUUAUUUGUGAAAUUUGGCAAAGAGGUGGCAGUUAAAAUGAAGCAAUACAAAGAUGAACUUUUGGCCUCCUGUUUGACCUUUCUUCUGUCCCUGCCACAUGACAUCAUCGAACUCGAUAUUAGAGCCUACAUUCCUGCGCUGCAGAUGGCUUUCAAACUGGGCCUGAGCUAUCCCCCCUUGGCAGAAGUAGGCCUGAAUGCUCUAGAAGAAUGGUCAAUUUAUAUCGACAGACAUGUAAUGCAGCCUUAUUACAAAGACAUUCUCCCCUGCCUGGAUGGCUACCUGAAGACUUCAGCCUUGUCAGAUGAGACCAAGAAUAACUGGGAAGUGUCAGCUCUUUCUCGGGCUGCCCAGAAAGGAUUUAAUAAAGUGGUGUUAAAGCAUCUGAAGAAGACAAAGAACCUUUCAUCAAAUGAAGCAAUAUCCUUAGAAGAAAUAAGAAUUAGAGUAGUACAAAUGCUUGGAUCUCUAGGAGGACAAAUAAACAAAAAUCUUCUGACAGUCGCUUCCUCUGAUGAGAUGAUGAAGAGCUAUGUGGCCUGGGACAGAGAGAAGCGGCUGAGCUUUGCAGUGCCCUUUAGAGAGAUGAAACCUGUCAUUUUCCUGGACGUGUUCCUGCCUCGAGUCACAGAAUUAGCGCUCACAGCCAGUGACAGACAAACUAAAGUUGCAGCCUGUGAACUUUUACAUAGCAUGGUUAUGUUUAUGUUGGGCAAAGCCACGCAGAUGCCAGAAGGGGGACAGGGAGCCCCACCCAUGUACCAGCUCUAUAAGCGGACGUUUCCUGUGCUGCUUCGACUUGCGUGUGAUGUUGAUCAGGUGACAAGGCAGCUGUACGAGCCACUAGUUAUGCAGCUGAUUCACUGGUUCACUAACAAUAAGAAAUUUGAAAGUCAGGAUACUGUCGCCUUACUAGAAGCUAUAUUGGAUGGAAUUGUGGACCCUGUUGACAGUACUUUAAGAGAUUUUUGUGGUCGGUGUAUUCAAGAAUUCCUUAAAUGGUCCAUUAAGCAAAUAACACCACAGCAGCAGGAGAAGAGUCCAGUAAACACCAAAUCGCUUUUCAAGCGACUUUACAGCCUUGCGCUUCACCCUAAUGCUUUCAAGAGGCUGGGAGCGUCACUCGCCUUUAAUAAUAUCUACAGGGAAUUCAGGGAAGAAGAGUCUCUGGUGGAACAGUUUGUGUUUGAAGCCUUGGUGAUAUACAUGGAGAGUCUGGCCUUAGCACAUGCAGAUGAGAAGUCCUUAGGUACAAUUCAACAGUGUUGUGAUGCCAUUGAUCACCUAUGCCGCAUCAUUGAAAAGAAGCAUGUUUCUUUAAACAAAGCAAAGAAACGACGUUUGCCACGAGGAUUUCCACCUUCCACGUCAUUGUGUUUACUGGAUCUGGUCAAGUGGCUUUUAGCUCAUUGUGGGAGGCCCCAGACAGAAUGUCGACACAAAUCCAUUGAACUCUUUUAUAAAUUCGUUCCUUUAUUGCCAGGCAACAGAUCCCCUAAUUUGUGGCUGAAAGAUGUUCUCAAGGAAGAAGGUGUCUCUUUUAUCAUCAACACCUUUGAAGGGGGCGGUUGUGGCCAGCCCUCAGGCAUCCUGGCCCAGCCCACCCUCUUGCACCUGCGGGGGCCAUUCAGCCUGCAGACCACGCUGUGCUGGCUGGACCUGCUCCUGGCUGCGCUGGAGUGCUACAACACUUUCAUUGGCGAGAGAAUUGUGGGAGCCCUCCAGGUCUUGGGUACUGAAGCCCAGUCUUCACUUUUGAAAGCAGUGGCUUUCUUUUUAGAAAGCAUUGCCAUGCAUGACAUUAUAGCAGCAGAAAAGUGCUUUGGCACUGGGGCAGCAGGUGACAGACCAAGCCCCCAAGAGGGAGAAAGGUACAACUACAGCAAAUGCACCAUUGUGGUCCGGAUUAUGGAGUUCACCACGACUCUGCUGAACACCUCCCCAGAAGGAUGGAAGCUCCUGAAGAAGGACUUGUGUAAUACACACUUGAUGAGAGUCCUGGUGCAGACGCUGUGUGAGCCUGCAAGCGUAGGUUUCAACAUCGGAGACGUCCAGGUUAUGGCUCAUCUUCCUGAUGUUUGUGUGAACCUGAUGAAAGCGCUAAAGAUGUCCCCAUACAAAGAUAUCCUAGAGACUCAUCUGAGAGAGAAAAUAACAGCACAGAGCAUUGAGGAGCUUUGUGCCGUCAACUUGUAUGGCCCUGACGCGCAAAUGGACAGGAGCAGGCUGGCUGCUGUUGUGUCUGCCUGUAAACAGCUUCACAGAGCUGGGCUUCUGCAUAGUAUAUUACCAUCUCAGUCCACAGAUCUGCAUCAUUCUAUUGGCACAGAACUUCUUUCCCUGGUUUAUAAAGGCAUUGCCCCUGGAGAUGAGAGACAGUGUUUGCCUUCUCUAGACCUCAGUUGUAAGCAACUGGCCAGCGGACUUCUGGAGUUAGCCUUUGCUUUUGGAGGACUGUGUGAGCGCCUCGUGAGUCUUCUCCUGAACCCAGCAGUGCUGUCCAUGCCAUCCUUGGGCAGCUUACAGAGCAGCGUCAUCCAGUUCUCCCAUGGGGAGUAUUUCUAUAGCUUGUUCUCAGAAACGAUCAACAUGGAAUUAUUGAAAAAUCUGGAUCUUGCUGUAUUGGAGCUCAUGCAGUCAUCAGUGGAAAAUCCCAAAAUGGUGAGUACUGUUUUGAAUGGCAUGUUAGACCAGAGCUUCAGGGAGCGAGCAAGCCAGAAACACCAAGGACUGAAACUUGCGACUACAAUUCUGCAACACUGGAAGAAGUGUGAUUCCUGGUGGGCCAAAGAUUCCCCUCUCGAAACUAAAAUGGCAGUGCUGGCCUUACUGGCAAAAAUUUUACAGAUUGAUUCAUCUGUAUCUUUUAAUACAAGUCAUGGUUCAUUCCCUGAAGUCUUUACAACAUAUAUUAGUCUACUUGCUGACACAAAACUGGAUCUACAUUUAAAGGGCCAAGCUGUCACUCUUCUUCCAUUCUUCACCAGCCUCACCGGAGGCAGUCUGGAGGAACUUAGGCGUGUUCUGGAGCAGCUCAUCGUUGCUCACUUCCCCAUGCAGUCCAGAGAAUUUCCCCCAGGAACUCCGCGGUUCAAUAAUUAUGUGGACUGCAUGAAAAAGUUUCUAGAUGCAUUGGAAUUAUCUCAAAGCCCUAUGUUGUUGGAAUUGAUGACAGAAGUUCUUUGUCGGGAACAGCAGCAUGUCAUGGAAGAAUUAUUUCAAUCCAGUUUCAAGAGGAUUGCCAGAAGGGGUUCAUGCGUCACACAAGUAGGCCUUCUGGAAAGCGUGUAUGAAAUGUUCAGGAAGGAUGACCCCCGCCUAAGUUUCACACGCCAAUCCUUUGUGGACCGCUCUCUCCUUACUCUGCUGUGGCACUGUAGCCUGGAUGCUUUGAGAGAAUUCUUUAGCACAAUUGUGGUGGAUGCCAUUGAUGUGUUGAAGUCCAGGUUUACAAAGCUAAAUGAAUCUACCUUUGAUACUCAAAUCACGAAGAAGAUGGGCUACUAUAAGAUUCUAGAUGUGAUGUAUUCUCGUCUUCCCAAAGAUGAUGUUCACGCUAAGGAAUCUAAAAUUAAUCAAGUUUUCCAUGGCUCGCGUAUUACAGAAGGAAAUGAACUUACAAAGACACUGAUUAAAUUGUGCUACGAUGCAUUUACAGAGAACAUGGCAGGAGAGAAUCAGCUGCUGGAGAGGAGAAGACUUUACCAUUGUGCAGCAUACAACUGCGCCAUAUCUGUCAUCUGCUGUGUCUUCAAUGAGUUAAAAUUUUACCAAGGUUUUCUGUUUAGUGAAAAACCAGAAAAGAACUUGCUUAUUUUUGAAAAUCUGAUCGACCUGAAGCGCCGCUAUAAUUUUCCUGUAGAAGUUGAGGUUCCUAUGGAAAGAAAGAAAAAGUACAUUGAAAUUAGGAAGGAAGCCAGAGAAGUAGCAAAUGGGAACUCAGAUGGUCCUUCCUAUAUGUCUUCCCUGUCAUAUUUGGCAGACAGUACCCUGAGUGAAGAAAUGAGUCAAUUUGAUUUCUCAACCGGAGUUCAGAGCUAUUCAUACAGCUCCCAAGACCCUAGACCUACCACUGGUCGUUUUCGGAGACGGGAGCAGCGGGACCCCACGGUGCAUGAUGAUGUGCUGGAGCUGGAGAUGGAUGAGCUCAAUCGGCACGAGUGUAUGGCGCCCCUGACGGCCCUGGUGAAGCAUAUGCACAGAAGUCUGGGCCCUCCUCAAGGAGAAGAGGAUUCAGUGCCAAGAGAUCUUCCUCCUUGGAUGAAAUUCCUCCAUGGCAAACUGGGAAAUCCAAUAGUAUCAUUAAAUAUCCGUCUCUUCUUAGCCAAGCUUAUUAUUAAUACAGAAGAGGUCUUUCGCCCUUACGCGAAGCACUGGCUUAGCCCCUUGUUGCAGCUGGCUGCUUCUGAAAACAAUGGAGGAGAAGGAAUUCACUACAUGGUGGUUGAGAUAGUGGCCACUAUUCUUUCAUGGACAGGCUUGGCCACUCCGACAGGGGUUCCUAAGGAUGAAGUGUUAGCAAAUCGAUUGCUUAAUUUCCUAAUGAAACAUGUCUUUCAUCCAAAAAGAGCUGUGUUUAGACACAACCUUGAAAUUAUAAAGACCCUGGUCGAGUGCUGGAAGGAUUGUUUAUCCAUCCCUUAUAGGUUAAUAUUUGAAAAGUUUUCCGGUAAAGAUCCUAAUUCUAAAGACAACUCAGUAGGGAUUCAAUUGCUAGGCAUCGUGAUGGCCAAUGACCUGCCUCCCUAUGACCCGCAGUGUGGCAUUCAGAGUAGCGAAUACUUUCAGGCUUUGGUGAAUAAUAUGUCCUUUGUAAGAUAUAAAGAAGUGUAUGCUGCUGCAGCAGAAGUUUUAGGACUUAUACUUCGAUAUGUUAUGGAGAGAAAAAACAUGCUGGAGGAGUCUCUGUGUGAACUGGUUGCGAAACAAUUGAAGCAACAUCAAAAUACCAUGGAGGACAAGUUUAUUGUGUGCUUAAACAAAGUGACCAAGAGCUUCCCUCCUCUUGCAGACAGGUUCAUGAAUGCUGUGUUCUUUCUGCUGCCAAAAUUUCAUGGAGUGUUGAAAACACUCUGUCUGGAGGUGGUACUUUGUCGUGUGGAGGCAAUGACAGAGCUGUACUUCCAGUUAAAGAGCAAGGACUUCGUUCAAGUCAUGAGACAUAGAGAUGAUGAAAGACAGAAAGUAUGUUUGGACAUAAUUUAUAAGAUGAUGCCAAAAUUAAAACCAGUAGAACUCCGAGAACUUCUGAACCCUGUUGUGGAAUUCGUUUCCCAUCCUUCUGCAACAUGUAGGGAACAAAUGUAUAAUAUUCUCAUGUGGAUUCAUGACAAUUACAGAGAUCCAGAAAGUCAGACAGAUAAUGACUCCCAGGAAAUAUUUAAGUUGGCAAAAGAUGUGCUGAUUCAAGGAUUGAUCGAUGAGAACCCUGGACUUCAAUUAAUUAUUCGAAAUUUCUGGAGCCAUGAAACUAGGUUACCUUCAAAUACCUUGGACCGGUUGCUGGCACUAAAUUCCUUAUAUUCUCCUAAGAUAGAAGUGCACUUUUUAAGUUUAGCAACAAAUUUUCUGCUUGAAAUGACCAGCCUGAGCCCAGAUUAUCCAAAUCCCAUGUUCGAACAUCCUCUGUCAGAAUGUGAAUUUCAGGAAUAUACCAUUGAUUCUGAUUGGCGUUUCCGAAGUACUGUUCUCACUCCAAUGUUUGUGGAGACCCAGGCCUCCCAGGGCACUCUCCAGACCCGUACCCAGGAAGGGUCCCUUUCAGCUCGCUGGCCAAUGGCAGGGCAGAUAAGGGCCACCCAGCAGCAGCAUGACUUCACACCGACACAGACUGCAGAUGGAAGAAGCUCAUUUGAUUGGCUGACCGGGAGCAGCACUGACCCGCUGGUCGACCACUCCAGUCCGUCAUCUGACUCUUUGCUGUUUGCCCACAAGAGGAGUGAAAGGUUACAGAGAGCACCCUUGAAGUCAGUGGGGCCUGAUUUUGGGAAAAAAAGGCUGGGCCUUCCAGGGGACGAGGUGGAUAACAAAGUGAAAGGUGCAGCUGGCCGAGUGGACCUACUGCGACUGCGCAGACGGUUUAUGCGGGACCAAGAGAAGCUCAGUUUGAUGUAUGCCAGAAAAGGCGUUGCUGAGCAAAAACGAGAGAAGGAAAUCAAGAGUGAGUUAAAAAUGAAGCAGGAUGCCCAGGUCGUUCUGUACAGAAGCUACCGGCUGGGAGACCUUCCUGACAUUCAAAUCAAGCACAGCAGCCUCAUCACCCCAUUACAGGCCGUGGCCCAGAGAGACCCAAUAAUUGCAAAACAGCUCUUUAGCAGCUUGUUUUCCGGAAUUUUGAAAGAGAUGGAUAAAUUUAAGACGCUGUCUGAAAAAAACAACAUCACUCAAAAGUUGCUCCAAGACUUCAAUCGUUUUCUUAAUACCACCUUCUCUUUCUUUCCACCUUUUGUCUCUUGUAUUCAGGACAUCAGCUGCCAGCACGCAGCCCUGCUGAGCCUUGACCCAGCAGCUGUUAGCGCUGGUUGCCUGGCUAGCCUACAGCAGCCCGUGGGCAUCCGCCUGCUGGAGGAGGCUCUGCUCCGCCUGCUGCCUGCUGAGCUGCCUGCCAAGCGAGUCCGCGGGAAGGCCCGCCUCCCUCCUGAUGUCCUCAGAUGGGUGGAGCUUGCUAAACUGUAUAGAUCAAUUGGAGAAUACGACGUCCUCCGUGGGAUUUUUAGCAGUGAGAUAGGAACAAAGCAAAUCACUCAGAAUGCAUUGUUAGCAGAAGCCAGAAGUGAUUAUUCUGAAGCUGCUAAGCAGUAUGAUGAGGCUCUCAAUAAACAAGACUGGGUAGAUGGUGAGCCCACAGACGCCGAGAAGGAUUUUUGGGAACUUGCAUCCCUUGACUGUUACAACCACCUUGCUGAGUGGAAAUCACUUGAAUACUGUUCUACAGCCAGUGUAGACAGUGAGAACCCCCCAGAUCUAAAUAAAAUCUGGAGUGAACCAUUUUAUCAGGAAACGUAUCUACCUUACAUGAUCCGCAGCAAGCUGAAGCUGCUGCUCCAGGGAGAGGCUGACCAGUCCCUGCUGACAUUUAUUGACAAAGCUAUGCAUGGGGAGCUCCAGAAGGCAAUUUUAGAGCUUCAUUACAGUCAAGAGCUGAGUCUACUUUACCUCCUGCAAGAUGAUAUUGACAGAGCCAGAUACUACAUUCAAAAUGGCAUUCAGAGUUUUAUGCAGAAUUAUUCUAGUAUUGAUGUCCUCUUACACCGAAGUAGACUCACCAAAUUGCAGUCUGUACAGGCUUUAACAGAAAUUCAGGAGUUCAUCAGCUUUAUAAGCAAACAAGGCAAUUUAUCAUCUCAAGUUCCCCUUAAGAGACUUCUGAACACCUGGACAAACAGAUAUCCAGAUGCUAAAAUGGACCCAAUGAACAUCUGGGAUGACGUCAUCACAAAUCGAUGUUUCUUUCUCAGCAAAAUAGAGGAGAAGCUUACCCCUCUUCCAGAAGAUAAUAGUAUGAAUGUGGAUGAAGAUGGAGACCCCAGUGACAGGAUGGACGUGCAAGAGCAGGAAGAAGAUAUCAGCUCCCUGAUCAGGAGCUGCAAGUUUUCCAUGAAAAUGAAGAUGGUAGACAGUGCCCGGAAGCAGAACAAUUUCUCACUUGCCAUGAAACUACUGAAGGAGCUGCAUAAAGAGUCAAAAACCAGAGACGAUUGGCUGGUGAGCUGGGUGCAGAGCUACUGCCGCUUGAGCCACUGCCGGAGCCGAUCCCAGGGCUGCUCUGAGCAGGUGCUCACUGUGCUGAAAACAGUCUCUUUGUUGGAUGAGAACAACGUGUCAAGCUACUUAAGCAAAAAUAUUCUGGCUUCCCGUGACCAGAACAUUCUCUUGGGUACAACUUACAGGAUCAUAGCUAAUGCUCUCAGCAGUGAGCCAGCCUGCCUUGCUGAAAUCGAGGAGGACAAGGCUAGAAGAAUCUUAGAGCUUUCUGGAUCCAGUUCAGAGGAUUCGGAGAAGGUGAUCGCGGGUCUGUACCAGAGAGCAUUCCAGCACCUCUCUGAGGCUGUGCAGGCAGCUGAGGAGGAGGCCCAGCCUCCCUCCUGGAGCUAUAGGCCUGCAGCUGGGGUGAUUGAUGCUUACAUGACGCUGGCAGAUUUCUGUGACCAACAGCUGCGCAAGGAAGAAGAGAAUGCAUCAGUUACUGAUUCUGCAGAACUGCAGGCGUAUCCAGCACUUGUGGUGGAGAAAAUGUUGAAAGCUUUAAAAUUAAAUUCCAAUGAAGCCAGAUUGAAGUUUCCUAGAUUACUUCAGAUUAUAGAACGGUAUCCAGAGGAGACUUUGAGUCUCAUGACAAAAGAGAUCUCUUCCGUUCCCUGCUGGCAGUUCAUCGGCUGGAUCAGCCACAUGGUGGCCUUACUGGACAAAGACCAAGCCAUUGCUGUUCAGCACACCGUGGAAGAAAUCACUGAUAACUACCCGCAGGCUAUUGUUUAUCCCUUCAUCAUAAGCAGCGAAAGCUAUUCCUUCAAGGAUACUUCUACUGGUCAUAAGAAUAAAGAGUUUGUGGCAAGGUAGGUAAUAUUACAGAAAGAAUACGUUGAUCA